ACACGGAGCUCCUCUCUCACACUCCGGACCACAUCAUAACUUUUGAGAGGUGGGAAAACGGCAGUGACUUCUCCUUCGUUUACGGCAGCAGAGGCUACAAGGACGCGCACCGGGGGGCCCAAUGGAGAAAUCCAAAAACUUCCGCAUAGACGCGCUUUUAGCAGUCGAUACACCCAAGGCGCAGACCUCUCCGCUUGCGCUUGUGACUUCCCUGUCCUCCUCCUCCAUCCCGUCGUCUGUAAGUGUGUCUGCCCCGGAGAUGACCACCAGCGCCGAGUCUUUGCGCACCGAGACGCCGUCUCCGCCGAGGAUUUCCACCUGCGGGUUGAUUCCCAAACCGGGUUUCCUCAACAGUCCGCACAGCAUGGUUGGAUUACAUCCGCAGAGUACCGCAGGGAUCCCCGCACAGGCUCUCUACGGCCAUCCCAUGUACACCUACUCCGCAGCUGCCCUCACAGGCCAACACCCUGCCCUGUCCUACUCCUACCCACACGGCUCCCAUCAUCACCACGCCAGUGAUCCCAUCAAACUGACAGCCAGCACCUUCCAGCUGGACCACUGGCUCCGGGUCUCCACAGCCGGAAUGAUGCUGCCAAAAAUGUCUGACUUUAAUUCUCAGGCGCAGUCCAACUUGCUUGGCAAGUGCAGAAGACCAAGAACUGCAUUCACAAGUCAGCAGCUGCUGGAGCUGGAGCAUCAGUUCAAACUGAAUAAGUACCUGUCACGACCGAAGCGCUUUGAAGUGGCUACGUCCCUCAUGCUGACAGAAACUCAGGUUAAAAUCUGGUUCCAGAAUAGACGCAUGAAGUGGAAGAGAAGUAAGAAGGCCAAAGAGCAGGCCGCCCAGGAGGCCGAGAAGCAGAAAGGCAGCAAGAGCGGCCAGGAGAAAUCUGACGGACUCGAACAGUCGGACUAUAACAGCAAGACAGACUCAAAAAAUGGCAGAAUAAGAGACUUUAGAGACAGUGACGACGAUGAAGGUGACAAUUUCCUGUACAACUCGUCAGACUGCUCCUCAGACGACGAGAGGAAUCACACCAGUGACCACAGCCCACAGCCUUGAAGCUGAAGAAGGGCGAAGGUGGCGAUCUCCAUUUAUAAUGACUGUAGUGGAUUUUCGCUAUAAAAAUGCAGUUGCAUGUAAUCCAACCUCUAAUCACCUCCAUGGAAUUAAUCAGCUUUUUUUUUGGUCAUGAAAAUAAUAAAAUUUAGGUCAAGAAUAGAUGAUCUUGGUGUCAUAAACAAGCAAUAAAGCAGGAGAUUUAAGUUUUAUAAUACACAUAGGAGAAUCAUUCAGCACUCGGCGAUAGGUAAACUGUGACAUAUUGCAUGGUUUAUAUGCAAACGCUGUAAACUGGCUCAGGACUUUGCAAUCUUUCCCUGCUGUGAUGGUUAGUUUGUCAGCAAUAAUCUUACAAUAAUAUCCUAUAGCCCACAGUAAAUAGUCCGCUAUCAUUUGUCUUAUUUUGGCCUUAUUUUUGUUCUUUGUGGUGUUAUACUUCCGCAGUGUGCCAUAUCACGCUGGGGGGAAAAGUUAUGUUUAUUUUUCUAUACUGUAUUUAUAAAACGGUCAUACCAGUGCAUGCUAAGUUAUCUCCCUUGGUGCAAACAAUGUGAAAUAAAAUGUUUUUAUAUAAAACUC